CCUCAAACAAUAUGCGACGAAUCAAUAAGAUUUUACUGCUUCUCCUCUGGAAAUAUUCAGUUGUGAACGUUGUGGUAACACGUCAUUGUCCUCCUGAAUUUGUGUGUUCUCGUGGUAGUACGUGCUACCUAAUUUAUACAGUGAAUGGUGAAUGGAAUUACAAGUACUCAGAUAGUGCUGCAGUGAGAACUGGCGAAUAUUCUUUGUCAAAAUCCUGUUACAAAUUCAUCCCACAAGGAUUGUCAAGAGAGCAAUCAUGUUAUGACGCUCAACUUGAAUGCCAGCAUGAGAAAGGAAACAUUACGUUCAUAGACAACAUCCAAGAGUAUAAUCAAUUGGUGGACAUUGUUCUUUACAUAUUGUAUACAAAGGAAGACAGUUAUUUCAAUGUAAAUACACAAGAAAUGUGUGCUAAAGUUACAAUACAAGACGGUAUUUUGGAAAAUAGUGACAUGAUUAAAAUAAAAGACCGUAAUGAAAAACAAAAUAUUAAUUCCAUAAUGUGUGAGGCCACAGGUACAAGUACGGGUACGUACAAAGGAGGUACAAAUACAGACACAGAAUCAUAUUUUACGAAGGUGACCCUUGCAAUUUCAACUCCUGGGGGAUUACUGGAAGAUUCUAGUCCGACAGUCGUGUCUAUUCUAGCCCCGCUUAUCGUUGUGAUGAUUCUUAUCGCCAUUUUAAGUGUGUGCAUUUAUCGACGAAUGCGGAAAAGGAAUUGUUGUUAUAAUAACCCAACUUUAACCUCAUCAAGAAGCAUAGAAAAGCAUCAAUCAAAAAAUAAACCUGGUGAUGGUGUGGAUUCAGCGGUAGGACACCUUAUGGGAGAUAAAAGUUACUCCGCCCUCAAAGCUGAAUUUAUUCAAGAAGGCGACUAUGAAGAGCUUAAACCGUCAACUGAGUACAAGAGCUCGUCAAUUAUCGAAGAUUACAUAAUGCCAACACACUCUUCCAAUGAGGAAUGCAGCUGCGCAAGGCGAGAUGAAAUGGAGUCUGCGUUAUACGCCCACACGAUCAUCUCUAGUGCACCGUCUGAAAUCUAAAAAGUGAUGAUGGCAGUUGAUAACGACAGGCUGGGUUUUAGUUUGAAACAUAUUGCGUAUAUAGGCUUACA